GGUUCCCUACAAUGGACGUCAAUCAAUUCACUGAGCUCAUCACAAAACUGCAGUCAGCAGACAAUGAUAUCCGAAAACAAGCUGAAGAAGUCUAUGAAAAGAUUGAAGGACCAACCAAAGUAGCUGCACUUUUCGAGGCCUACACACACCACACGAAUAAUUCUGAUGCCAGAUCCACAGUUUUGGUGUUUCUGCGACGAGUUCUCGCCAGAGACUGGGAUGCGAUUUGGGAAACGCUGAACGAGGAGAACAAACAGCGCAUUCUCGCCAAAGUUCUCGAGAUGAUAGUUCACGAGACCGAACUCUCGAUUAAGAAGAAGAUUGCUGAUUUGAUCUCUGAAAUCGCUUCAAACCUCAUCGACGAUUCUGGAGAUAUGACAUGGGGAGGAGUCCUCGAGCUGAUGGAUCAUUGUUUGAAGAGCGAGGAUCUUACCGGAAACUACAUAGCCCUGCUUAUUCUUCGCGGAUGCCCAAUAAUUUUUGGAAACAGGCUGGCCCACUUCCUUCCAACCCUCAAAGUUGUCUUGGAAAAGUGCAUGGCUACACCGGAUUUGCAAAUCAAGGCCACCGCCGUCCGUGCUGUUAUCGCUUUCGCUGUUGAUAAUGAUGAGGAGAAGGAUGUUGUCAGGCUUAUGACCUCUCUUGUUCCAAAUGUUCUUCAAGUUUGCAAUGAAACCAGCGACGAGGAUGAUUCAGAUGGACCACUCGGAGAGUUCGCCGAGCUCGCCUCUUCUCUGCCAAAAUGCCUUAACACUCAUAUGUCUCAGGUUCUUCAAGUCACUCUUGCUAUUGCUGGAAACAAGGAAAAGAACGAGAUGGUCCGUCAGAACGCCAUCGAAGUUAUUUGCUCGUACAUGGAAUCCGCACCAAAAGGACUCAAGAAAUACGCACCAGGAGCUCUUGGACCAAUUCUCGAGACUCUUCUUUCAUGCAUGACCGAAAUGGAUGACGAUGUGCUCAAUGAGUGGCUCAACGAGAUCGAAGAGGAAGAAGACUAUGAAGAUAUCCCAAUCAUCGCCGAAAGCGCCAUCGACCGUGUUGCUUGCUGCAUCAACGGAAAAGUGAUGCUCCCAGUGUUCCUUCCACUUGUCGAGAAGCUUUUGACCAGCGAAGACUGGAAGAUGAAGCACGCGGCUCUUCGCGCGUUCUCCGCCGUCGGUGAAGGGUGCCAAAGAUCUAUGGAACCACACAUAGAGCAAAUUAUGGCUCAUAUCACCAAUUACGUCAAUGAUGCUCAUCCAAGAGUUCAAUACGCGGCUUGCAACGCCAUCGGACAAAUGUCUUCUGACUUCGCUCCAACUCUUCAGAAGAAGUGCCACGCCGCCGUCAUACCAGCUCUUCUCGAGUCUCUUGACAGAACCGAUGUUCCACGUGUCUGUGCUCAUGCCGCUUCGGCUCUUGUCAACUUUGCCGAGGAGUGCCCAAAGAGCAUCAUUGGACAAUAUCUUCCAUUCAUUCUUCAGAAACUCGAAAAUGUGCUUUCCGCUGUGUUCAAUCGUCUCGGAGACAAGAGAUACCAGGUUGUCGUUGAGAACAUCGUCACCGCCAUCGCCUCCGUCGCUGAAGCCGCCGAGGAGCUCUUCAAGGAACAUCAUGCUCGCCUCAUCCCGAACCUCGUUCACAUUCUUCAAAACGUCGGAGAGCUCAAGGAGUUGAGAGGAAAGACCAUCGAAUGCAUCUCUCUCAUCGGAUAUGCUGUCGGAAAGGAACAAUUCCACGCUACUGCAAUCGAGAUCCUGAACCUUCUCGGAGACGGAAUGAAGGAUUUGGCUAUCGAUGAUCCACAAUACAGCUACAUGAUCAGCUCAUGGACUCGUUUCUGCUCUAUUCUUGGAGCCGAUUUCGCACCAUUCCUCCCAGUUGUCAUGGAUCCAGUUCUUCGUGCCGCUCGUUACCGCCCAGACUUCAAUAUCUUCAACAACGAAGAUGUUCACGAAAACGAGGAAGGAGUUGAAUACCACGGAAUCGGAGGAGAAAAGACUGUCGGAAUCCGCACCAGCGGUCUUGAGGAGAAGGCAACUGCUUGCGAUAUGCUUGUCGCGUUCGCCAAGGAGAUGAAGGAGGCUUUCAUGCCAUACGUCGUCGACGUCUACGAGCUCGCCAUCAAGAAUCUCGAUUUCGGACUUCACGACGGAGUUCGUACGGCUUCCGCUGAAAUCAUGCCAUGCUUGUUGACCUGUGUUGAGAAGCAAGGAUUGGCUGACAAGCGUCGUUUGUGGUGCGAGUUCUUGAAGGCAUUGACGACCUCUAUGGAGGAGGAGGACGAUGUCGAGAUUCUCGCCUCGUUCAUGACGACCAUCGGAUCGUGCAUUGAGGUUAUGAAAACCGAGGGAAUCGCCGAGGAAGAGGUUCAACUCAUCAUUUCGGUGCUUCUCAAGCAACUUGAAAACUACGGAAAGAGAAUGAGCGAUCGUCCAGUUGAAGAUGAAGAUGACGAUGAUGCUGAAGCUAAGGAGGAGCUCGAUUAUUUCAUGGAAUUGGAGGCCUCAUGCCUUGGAGCCAUCUCUGAUUUGACUCACUCUCUUAUGAAGGAGUUCAAGGGAACUAUCUUCGAGGGAAUGAUCAACGUGUUCAACUGUGCCAUUCAACUCAUCGAGGGAUCCAAACAAUACUUCGAGAGACAAUGGGGAAUGUGCCUUCUCGAUGACGCCAUCGAGUUCGGUGUCGGACAUAUGCCAACUCGCUUCCCGAAGCUUAUUCCAAUAAUGUACAAGUUGUUGGGAGAUGAGUAUCCUGAAGUGAGACAAGCAGCGAGCUACGGUUUCGGAGUUAUGGCCAUCAACUACCACCAGAUCAGCGACUACCGAAACGAGAUUUUGAGCUGUUUGGAGCCACUGGCCGCCAUGAUUCAACGAGAGGACGCCCGAGCCACCGAGGAGAGCACUGUUGCCACGGAAAACGCGAUUUCUGCAUUUGCCAAAAUCAUCGGCAAUGUGCCACUUCCUGCUGAAGCCUACGGAAAGGUCGUCGAGAUGUUCCUGAGCUGGUUGCCAACAUAUUCAGACACCGAGGAAAGCCCCUACAUUUACACGUGUCUCGCCGAAUUGUUUGAUAAACAAGACGCCGCACUUUUUGGACCAGAAAAUCAGAAUCUUCCGAGAAUCUUCCUUGUUUGCUUGCUCUCAAUCGCCAACGAUGCUUUCAACGACGACGAUAGCGGCAACCAAACCAAGCAAAGAAUUGUCACAAUCCUGAAGCAAAUCUACGCAUCGUUCCCACAAUUCGCGCAGCAAGAUGGAAUCGACGAGCACCUUACCAGUGUCCUUCAACAAACUCUCAAUGGGCAAUAAUAAGGACUUUUGUUGUGUUUUUUUUUUUGCUGUUAUCUUCUCCAUCUUCACCGAAAUGAAUCUUGUUCACUGUUAAUCGCUUGUUUCGCGGCUAUCCUCCUAUCAUCAUCAUCAGUUUCUUCUUUUGUUCCACCACUUCUCCCCGAUGCCACAUUUUCUCUAAUUUUUAUUAGUUACCUAUCGACUUUUUUUCUGUUGUGUUGAAUAUUAUCCUCAUUUUCAAAUCUACUCGUUAGUUGUUACAGUUAAAGUUUUUGAAAAUAAUUUCAGCCAAAACCUCCACUUUCUCCUAUACUCCAAAUCUAAAAGUCAUUCUUCCGUAGUCCUCAUUGUUCCCCCUUCCACCCAACUCUCUCCCACCACAGAAUAUCUCUUCUGUCACUUGAAGACUAUCCUCGAUAAAGAGAGCUAUUGGCGGUU